AUGGCUAUGAUUGGUGUGAUGGAAGAUUCAAAACUACAUGAGGACAUGGAGAAUGAUAUGCUUGGUGACCUCACUUCUAGGGCAAGAGAAGCUUUAGCCCUUUUUAUCUCUAUUUCGCUGAGAGACAACACCGAACUUAACUUGGUGGUUCCCAAUGGCCCGUCUUGGUUAUCUCACGUUGACAAGAAAGAUCUAUAUCUCAAUGAUGAGACUCUAAAGAAAAUUACCGAUAUUCUGGUCGCGAAGGAUGUGACCGGAAAUUACAAUAUAGUGAAUGUGGCCAUUGCAGCGGCACCUCAACACAGCCAAAAGAGAUUCGUCAUUUAUAUUAAGACAAGCAUCUAUGUUGAAAUCGUUGUCAUUGGGAAUAUGAAAUCCAAUUUAACUCUUAUCGCUGAUGGUCAAGAUUCAACCAUCAUCACAUUCAAUUUAAGCUCUAGCAAUAGUAAAAGAACGUUCAACACCGCAACUUUUGCUUCUAAUGGUGAUGGAUUCAUCAGAGUAGACAUGUGCUUCCGAAACACGACAUGGCCGGUGAAAGGACCAGUUGUUACCCUCCGUGUGAAUGGUGAUAUGUCCAUCAUUUACAGAUGUCGUGUCGAGGAAUAUCAGGAUGCCUUGUAUCCUCACAAAAACCGCCAGUGUUAUAGGGAAUACUUUCUUAUGGACACUGUAGAUUUUAUUUGUGGAAACGCGGCGGCGGUUUUCCAGUUCUGCCAAAUUGUUCACAUGGAUGGAUAA